AUGGCUACUGAAGGAGCCUCUGGUCAGAGCAGUGCAGCUUCAGAUCAGGACACUGCCCAGCUGGUCAAAGAACACUCGCAUGCAUUCCAGAACAGAUUAAACACAACUGAAACGGACAGCCCACCUAUUCCCGAAACAGAAAACUCCGAUAUCUACAUCGACCCGCUGAAGGCAGAGGUAGGGCUCGAGGCACCUAAGCCCACCCCAGAAACCAAGCCGCCUGUAACAGAGCCCACAGGAUCUGCUCUCGGUAGUAUUCCCGUCGCCCGUAAAUCGCAAAUUCCAGUAGGGCCUAAGGAUGAAACGGUGGCAGGCGAGAAGCGUGAUAUUGAUUCAACUGUGACGCCUACUCCGGCUCUGACCGAGGACGAGGAGCAACAAAAGCCUGGACCGUCGGAUGAGCCCGAUUCCAAGAAGCCGAAGACAGGUGAAAAGCCUGUAACAGAUUCAAAUGGCAACACUGUUGCUCCGUCCAGCGCAAACAACGCAGGACAGAAGAAGGCUAGUCGGUCCAAGAAGGAGAAGAUCAAGGAUGCCAUGAACAAGGUAAUCCCAGGAGAUGGCAUUGGUAGCCGGACUCGCAGCCGGACAAAGGGUGCUUGA